AUGACGAACUCCACUCAGGUUUCAUAUUUCACUCUUUCUGCCUACUUUGACUCCGGUCUCUUAAAAUACGUCUUUUUUCUCAUUGUCGUGUUGUUAUAUAUCGUUAUAGUUUGCGCCAACCUGCUGCUCAUCGUGGUGAUCUGCAUGAACAGAAGCUUACAUGAGCCUAUGUACCUGUUCCUGUGCAGCCUGUUUGUGAAUGAACUGUAUGGUAGUACAGGCUUGUUUCCGUUCCUUCUGCUGCAGAUUCUCUCUGACGUUCACACUGUUUCUGCUUCCUGUUGCUUCCUGCAGAUCUUCUGCGUUUACUCUUAUGCUUGUGUGGAGUUUUUCAGCUUAGCCGUCAUGUCUUACGACAGAUAUGUUGCGAUCUGUCAUCCUCUGCAGUAUAACUCACGUAUGAAACGUAACAAAAUCACAGUGCUGAUUGCUGCUGAAUGGUCGUACGCUGCUGUUUUAUGUCUUCUCCCAACGACGCUGAGCGCUCCGUUACGGCUGUGUGGGAACACCAUCAACAAGGUGUACUGCGACAACUACGCCAUCGUUAAACUGGCGUGCUCCGACACGACGGUCAACAACAUCUACGGACUCGUCGUCACUUUUCUCACAGUCUCGUGUCCUGUAACUCUGAUCUUCUACACCUAUGUCAGGAUCCUUCAGGUGUGUUUUUCUGGCUCGAAGCAGACGAGGCAGAAAGCCGUCAGCACCUGCACGCCUCACCUGGCCUCCCUGCUCAACUUCUCUUUUGGGGCUUGCUUUGAAAUCAUGCAGAGCAGGUUCAACAUGACAAAUGUGCCCAAUACUUUACGAAUAUUUUUAUCAUUGUACUGGCUCAUAUGCCAGCCGCUCUUCAACCCCUUACUGUACGGCCUGAAUAUGUCAAACAUCCGUAACAUAUGUAAAAAUCUAAUUUUUGCCUAA